GCUUCGUGUCACACGAAUGAAGGCGAUCAGCGGGCAAACGUUUCAUUUCACUCAAUGAAACGCGAUUUCCCACGGACAAUGUUGAACAUUUCUGCAUUUCCACGCCACAGACUGUGACGCGGGACCAACAACAACAAAAAAAGGCGCUCGCCUUCGUGUGGACGAAGGGCGACGAGCACACGCGGGAUCUGUCCAACGAGAGUAAAUGAGAACCAAAAGGGAAGAAGGGCCCGCCGUCGCAGCCGGAGACCUUCGGGGAAAAGUGGGUAGCGCCGCCUGACGGGCCGCCAGACGAACCGGGGAGCCGCCGUCAGGAAACCGCGGUGCUGAGAAACAGGUGUGCUCCGACCUUUUUAAUUGAUUGGACACAGCACUGUAGUUUCAGUUCAACGCCUCAUCACCUGUCAUACAUCGUCUUUCGUGACACACAAUACAUAAGACAAAACGCACAUUUUAAGACAAGCAAGCACACAGAGCACCAGCAUGGACGAGCAGCAGGAGGAGGAGGCGGAGGGCGUGUAUGUGGAGCACCAGUAUAUGUGCAGUGAGUGCCACCAGCUCUUCAACACCCUUGAGGAUGUGCUGAUCCACCAGCAGAUCCACACUGGCCAAGAGGGAGAAGGGGAGUUGGGGGAGGGCCUGACCUUCCAGGGUGUCGCAGAGAUGGGGCAAACCCAGCAGUACCAGUGUCUGGAGUGUGGGGCCCUCCUCAUGAACCCAGAGGAACUGCUGCAGCACCAGGAGAUGCACAUGAGGGAGGCAGGGAUGGAGGUGGAGCACCAAGAGCUGUGUGAGGUUUUGGAGACAGAGGAAGGGUCUGAGGGGCAGCUGUCUGGACCUGUUCAGUACCAGUGCCUCGACUGCUUGUCUCUGUUUGACUCGCCUGAGACCUGGCUGGAGCACCGGCGGACCCACAGUAGGAGCAGUACACACAGUAACACAGAGACCGUGGAGUAUGUGCUACAGCCUGAUGGCACCAUCACCCCACUGAACAACAUGCAGAACUACGUACUGAGUGAGCAGCAAGCUGGGGAGAUCUUGGCACAGGUACUCGCUCAGCAGCAGCAGCAGCAACAACAACAACAGAUGAAACUUCAGUCCAAACAUGCAGCAUCCCCCCGUUCCUCCCUGCUGCCUCCAGUGACGGCCAUCCCUGGCUCUGCCACUAUGCACCUGCAGAUUCUCACAGCUCAAGCUCUGGCGGACAACUCCACCGUCCCUGGUCAACGUCACUCCAAGCUGCCCCCUCUGUUGCCUGCAGUGGGCCGAGGCUCUUCGGGAAAGCUGGGGGUCCUAGAGAACGGGGACCAGAGACUGGAGUUAAGGUUGGCCCCCAGUGUCCAGGAUGACACCCAGCAGCCAACAGAGGUGGUGGUCAUCCACCCGUAUGAGUGCUCAGAAUGCUCCCUUCUCUUCCAGACCCCGGAGGACUUCCUCCAGCACCAGGGAGAGCACUUCCUGGGUCAGGACAAGGAGAGUGGAGAGCCAGGCGUCAUGAGUGGCUUCGAGGAGGUGCGAGGGAGGGAGGAGACGGCGGAGAAGGGGGAGGACGUUAGGAUUAGAGUAGCGGAUAAGAAAGCAGCAGUCUGGGCCAAGUCCCAACAGUGUGAGCUCUGCAACCGCACCUUCACCUCCGUCAACCGGCUGGCUGCUCACAAGCGCGUGCACGAGCAGGGCACGCACGAAUGUCCGGAGUGUGGCAAGGUGUUCAAGAAGGCGACGUCACUGCAGACACACAUGCGCACACACUCGGGCGUGGCCAGGUACUUGUGUGUGGACUGUGGCAAUGGCUUCACCACUGAGAUGACUCUCAUCAUGCACAGGAAGUCCCACAUCGCGGAUCCCCUUCACAAGUGUCAGUUCUGCAACAAAACCUUCACCAACAUGACCAAGUACCUCUACCACCGUAGAACCCACCUCAACCGUGACUCACCCGGCACACCCGCCCCUGUCUCCAUGUCCUCAGCUCCAAUGAGAGCGUCUCUCUCUGCACUUGCCAUUCUACAGAGAGCGAGAGAGAAGAAUUCUCUCACUCAGGAGGCAAAGGGCCACCUGCUGGCCCCUCUCUCUGAAGAAGAGAUGGAAAACAUGGGAGAAGAGCCAAUUCAUAGUUCUCAGAGCAUAAUGGUAGUAGGUGAAGUGGAAAAUCAAGGGGAGGGUAACAACAUGGAGGUGACUGCCCCACUUGAAGCCAAUACCAAUGACCCCCAGCAAGUGGAGGAUGCAACCGAGUCGGACUUGGCUACAAACCAUGCUCCCCCUGACGACACUGCUGUUUGGGUCACAGCCGAAGCCAAAGCUGCUUCAGCUGCAUCAUCCGCAUCCCCCGACAAAGGGCUUUUUUCUUGCCGUUCAUGCUCCAAGACCUUUCCCUCUCCGCUGCAGCUCGUUCACCAUCGACGCAAGUCCCAUGUCACUGAGCGCAGCUUCCUAUGCGGCAUCUGUGGCAAGUCUUUUAAGAAGCAGAUCCACGUGCGCAACCACAUCCGCAUUCAUACCGGCGAGCGGCCCUUUCAGUGUUCUGACUGCGGCAAAACCUUCUCGUCUCUUGCCAAUCUGAUGAGGCACACUCUCAUCCACUCUGGUUUGCGGCCGUACCGCUGUGACGUCUGCCACCGCUCCUUUUCACAGUCCUCCAACCUGCGUCAGCACAGCCUGCUGCACGCCAGCGGUGCGGCGUUGUGCUGCGCAGACUGCCCGGCGACCUUUCGCUGGCCCACCAAGUUGGCGGCGCAUCGCUACACUCAGCAUCCAGGGGCUCCGGCCCCGUUCCCAUGUCCCCACUGUGAGACUGGCUUCCUCACCAGGAGGCAACGAGACAGACACUUACUGGAGCGGCACCCAGCGCUGGUGCAGGCCGGCACCGGGAUCGAAGUGGGCAGAGAGACCGACAAUCAGGCAGAGUUGGGCCAAGACCUGACAUCAGUGCCCUCCACCUCAACCACAGCAGAGACGGAAUCGGGAGAUUCGGCCAGUCUCGUUCGGGGGGGCCUAGAUUGUAAUAUUUGCGGGAAGAAGCUCAAUUCUCCUGCCAACCUCCGACUCCACAGAUUGAGCCACUUCGCCUUAGGCCCUGGGCGGCCGCGGUGCAUCGCCGGGAAGCGGCCCAAAGCCCACCAGUGUCUUAUCUGUGGCAAACUGUUUGUGUCUUCCUCCGGAGUUGCACUUCACCAGCGGGUCCACACUGGUGAGCGCCCGUUUCCAUGCCAAGUGUGCGGCAAGCGCUUCCGUCAGAACACGCACCUGCGAGAGCACCUCCGCACGCACUCGGGCGAGCGGCCAUUCCGCUGCGAAGUGUGCGGAAAGGGUUUCAUCCAGAGUAUGCACCUGGCUGAACACCGUCGAACACACACAGGCGAACGGCCGCACAUUUGUCCGCAGUGCGGCAAAGCCUUCAAGACCUUCUCCAACCUGAGGAACCACAAAAAGACCCACGCCAGGCAGCAGAGGCUGGAUGAAGAGGCUGCCGCCCAGGCCGCCGUCCAGGCCGCCAUGGAGACCAGCUCCGCUGUGGCGGUGGUGGACGCCUCGGUAGUGGAACUCGCUAACAGGCAGCCUCAGCUCAUCCAGAUCCAAGCCUCAGAUCUUCUGCAGACACGGGGCACUCCCACUAUCAUGUGUAAUGAGUUUGGGGAGACCAUAGCCAUCAUUGAGACCAGCGAGGGAGGAGUGCUGCCUCUGGAGCAGGCGUUGGAGAUCUAUCACACCGCUCUGGAGAACGGCCUCGCCAUGGACACGAGCGCCAUGGACGGACUGCAGCUCCUCUGAG